UUUCAUAAAGCAAGGUCGUUUCGAAGUGGAGGGCACUCGUGGGACGAUGUACCUCGGCAUCCUACCCAGCAACUGCCGGGGGUUCUUCUCCCCGGUUGACACUUAUACAGGUACAGCGCACUCAUUCUCCUAUGCUACCUACUCCUAGUGUAUCAACCGGCCGUCUCAACCUUUCUUUCCAUUGUGUGUGUGUUCUUCAAGAAAUAGCGAGUCUUCAAGUAUAACCAUGGGAGAGGUGAAAGUCAAGCUUCAUUGGCUCAAUGGGUCUCGAGCUCAGAGCAUUCUGUUCCUGCUCGAGGAGUUGGAGAUCCCUUACGAGCUCGAGAUCUACCGCCGCCAGAAAGACAUGCUAGCGCCGCCUGAGCUCAAGAAGAUCCACCCAUUGGGCAAGUCACCUGCAGUCACUAUCACGGCUCCAGGUGCCUCGGAGCCCAUAAUCCUUGCAGAGAGCGGCUUCAUCACGCAAUACCUGUGCGACCACUUUCGCAGGGGAAAAACGCUGGUGCCACAGCGCUGGAAGGACGGCCAGGAGGGCAAGGUCGGUGGCGAGACGGAGGAAUGGAUGCGGUACCAGUACCUGCUGCACUAUAUUGAGGGCAGCUUCAUGUUCACCAUGGUCAUGAACUUUAUCCUCAGCGCCGGCCUCAAAGGCAGCAGUGUACCCUUCUUUGUGCGGCCAAUCACGACGUUCAUCGCAAACCAGAUGAUCUCCAUGGUGGUCGCUCCGAACAUGAAGCGGCACUUUGGGAUGAUGGAGCAGCUCUUGGAGACGUCACCGGGCGGUGGCAGUUACAUGUGUGGCCGCACCCUCACUGGCGCCGACAUCAUGCUCUCUUACCCGCUCAUUGCUGGGAAAGAUGGCGCGUUUGAUAGCAUCGGCCAGUGGGACAAGGGUUCGUUCAAGGAGACAUACCCGAAGCUGCAUGCCUACAUUGAGCGGCUCGCAGAAGAGCCGGCAUGGAAGAGGUCGGUGGAAAGGAUCAAGCAGAUCGAGGGCCGCUUCUCGCUCCUGCCCACCCCUGGAGAGCCGUCUGCACGCAUUUAAUACGCGCUGACUUUUUUUUUUCAUU